AUGACGACACUGACGGAAGAGGCAGUACAGGUGGUGCACAUUCUUCGAGUUCGUUGUGACAGAGCGACACGAGCAGAUGUUGUGAAACUGAGGUCUGGUACAUUGGUCGGAGGUUUUGUUCACCCCUUUGCCGUUUCUCCUGCUAACUCGUCGACUUCUCUCUCGCUCUCUCCCGCUUUUUAUCGACCUUUCUCUCUCUCUCUUUCUCUAUCUUUCUCUCUCGCCGUCCUUGCCGAAUGCGUUUCUCGGCCGACGAGUUCACAUGUCGACCGGUCCGCACACAUUUUAUUAACAUUGACCGGAAUCCAACUUCUUUUCCUCUCACGUCUCUCCUGCGCUUUGGCUCUACUUGCUCUCACACCGCUUUUCGUCUGCCUCUGCCUAGUCGGCCAAAUCGGCCAGAUUAUGCUCCACCAAACUACAGUCGAUCCUCAGGCCACCGAUUAUAUGCAGUUUUCUGCUGUUUGCCAGCAUCCACACUCGAGACAGCGUUGA